ACACAUUACAUAAAUCUUUUCAGUGUUUACUGACCAUCAGUCUUCAACUUGUUUAAAGACCUUCAAUCCAUUCAAGAACAGCACGUCAUUUGGUAUCCACGCCCAAGCGCCUUGCAAUUGUCCUUGUUUUCUUCGCGUUCCACUGGUUCUUGCAAACCCCCCAGAUUCCAUAUCAACAAAGUUAGGGCUUUCACCAAAGCAACCAACCCCGUCGCGUGAUUCCAAGCUUAAGGCGGUCCAGUUCAUUCGUUCAUCUGUGUUGGCACGUUCUGGGUAUUUGAUUGAUUGCCAAUUACUGUACUGCCCAAAAUGCCUCCUAAAAACUCCAGAAAGUUGGCGUUUAAACCUAAAGAUCUCGUGUUGGCUAAAAUGCACGGGUUCCCUGCAUGGCCCUCGUUCGUGAUGCCAACGGGAAUGAUACCUGAAUCGAUAUUUGAGGUGAAAAAAAAGACCACCGAGUUCUGUGUCAUUUUUAUCCCUGACGGGGAUUUCUACUGGUUCCCCGAGAAGAACUUGGAAUAUUUGACCCCAGACAAGUUAGACACCCGGAUAAGCAAGAUCCCCAAGAAUUAUAAGAAGCCCAAGUCCAAGGGCAAAUCCAGCACCAUUAAUGACGCCUUUUUGGCCACGAAAGGUUUAGAGUUUGAGACCUUUAUGAGACAACUAAAACAAAGGGAUAGCGGUGAAGUCCCCUACGAUGCGCCUGACUCAGAGGAUCACCCGGUGAUGAGUAAGAAUGAAGAAGACGAAGAGGAUUUGUAUCUCAGCAAAGAUUUCAAGGAGCCCGAAGACGAAGAUGAAGAUGAAUACGAAUUGUAUACCAAUGAGGUCAAGGUCAAGCAUCAAGAAGAAGUAGACGAAGAGGAAGAAGACGAACAGCCACAGCCACCACAAAAGACCAAUGGCAGGAGAAGUGCCAGGCUGAGAACCAGAAUGGGAAAUGGCAACAAUAACCAUAAUGGAAACGGCCAUGACAAUGGAAAUGGCCAUGACGAUGGCUACGGCGAGUCUGUGAAUAGCCUGACAGACGAUUCGACAGGCGAACUCAGCACCAACGGCAUUGAAAAACAGAGUGAUGACGAGGUGAUAGCCAGAAAGCGCACAGCCAAUGGCAGCAGCAACAACAACUCCAACAACAAGAUGAAGCGGUUCAAGACCGAGUCACCGGGCCCGGUAGGUAGUCAUCACAAGGUGUUAACAGAAGAAGAAAAACUCCAGCAGUUGUGGUUAUGCCGAAUCAAGUUGCAAAAAGCGUUGAUUCAGCGAGAUAAAGACGAAGCUCCUCCUAAUGCCGAUGAGUUAUCGACUUCUCGACUCAUUUUGAGAAGACUAGUUGACUUUGAGAUUACCCUCCAGCUUCUCAAGACCACCAAGAUCCAUAAGGUGCUCAAGUGUAUCAUAAAAGACAAGGACUUGGAAUAUCCAGAGAGCUUUAAGCUUCAUGAUAAGUGUCAGGAACUACUCAACAAAUGGGCCAAGCUAAUCGAAGAAAUAAAGUUGGAGAAAACUGCCAACUUCUUAAGCCGGCAGAGAACUUCCAAUGGUAGUGAAGACAGAAAGAUAGACGACAGUGAAAUCUCUGAUAUCAAGGAUCGUAGCGUCAAGUCUCCCAAUGAACUCAAGUUUGCAUCUGUCGAGAGCUGAAGAUGAACUUUCAUUGAACCUCCUUCACUUCCAUUUUCCAUACACUAUAUAAUUGUAUUAUAAUUGAACCUAAUAUCAGGCAGGGU